UUCGUUUCAUCGCGCUGAUUGAUUGGAAAAAUGUUACAUUAGGGGCGGGGUAAAUACCGAGACAAUGAAUGUCAAAGGUCGAGAGGAUGUUUUUCUUUUUACUGGGGAUCAGUCUGGAAUCCGCGUCUGUGGAAAUGCUAUGUGAAUCGGCCGCGGGACGGCGAUAAGAUCUGUCAUGUGAGCAAUUUGUGCACGUAGGGGCGUCCCGUACAGCUAGCUCAUCAUCAGGAAAGUGUUGCCGCAGAUGACGAGGAGUUGCACUUGUAAAGUUGUAAUUCGUCUCAGCUUUAUAUUACAAAAUGGCAGCUUCUCCAAAAGCUAAAAGGCAGAAGACGGGAGAAGGGGUAGUAUCAUCGUGGUCCAAGUUCUCUGAGAGAUUGGAUAAAUCGAAGAUUUCAGAGAUGUUCAAAGAAAAGGGCUACAUCAGGGCCGAUGCGUUUAUUUCUGAGAAGGAGCUGAGCACCAUCAAAGAUGAACUGAAACGCUACGAGAACAAUGUUGUUCCUGACCUACCACCCAAGAUGGCUUUUUAUGAGGAGAAAGGCAAGAAAGAUUCGAUUAUUCGUCUGGAGAGAAUGAUGGACCAUGACGAAUUCUUCAAAGAUCUGGGAGAAUCGCCUGCUUUCAACGGGCUGGCUGACUUGCUCUUGGGUGAAAAGUGCAUCCCCAACAAUGUGCAAUAUUUCUCCAAGCCACCGGGAGCCAAAUGCACCCCUGCACAUCAAGAUGGCAAAUACUUCAUGCAUGAUAAAGGCAUUACGUUUUGGCUUGCCCUGGAUGACGCGGAUGCUGAAAAUGGCUGCAUGUACUAUGUCCCGCAGUCCGAUAGGAAAGGAGAGCUUGAACACCGUAAGACAGAUGCCUUGGGCUUCAGCCAGGCGCUGGUGGAGUACGAAGACUGGAUGAAAGAGACCGAGAAUGUGAUGCCAGCCAAGAAAGGAACUCUGCUGGGUCACCAUCCUUACAUGGUUCACAGAGCAGGAGAAAACAAGUCCAAGGAGCGUUGGAGGCCGGCCCUGGGAUUGACCUACUGGGCCAAAAGUGCCGUCGACGAUGAAGAAUUGCAGAAGAAACAUGCCGCGUACAAUGCCAAGCUCAUGAGUGAGCUCGCCAACAAGGGGCGUAUUUAAGUACACAGCUCAUCUUUUGUCUGGCCCGCCCUUUGGGACACCCUGUCUAGCACCCUUUUGUGACUUCACCAUGAACGAGUAAGUUACGGUGCUCGACUAGAGUCAACUCUUGUCCCAAAACGGUGUCGGUUACUCACGUUACAUUUUUGAUGUACUUUUGAGUUUCCUUGGGCUGUAAUUACCGUACUGAAAAGGUU